AUGCAGGUAGACUCUCCUGAACGGGUCACUGCCAAGCUCUACGAUUUGCUCCCUCCCGUUGAUCAAAAAAUCUACGAUGCAAUCAAGAAGGAUGCCAAAGACGAAGGAUGCUUUAUUCUCAAAACUACGUUCCAAAAUUUAUAUCAGCGCGUUAAAUCGUUUUGCACGCAAAGCGAUGGUCAAAAUAAAAUCAGGUGCUAUGUUUGUGGGCUUUGCUGGUUCCCCAACGGCCUUGCGAUUAAUUUUAGACAAUUUAAAUGCCUCGUCCCAAUUCUCAAAUCCACAACAAAUUCCAUGCUUCAGAAGCUUGGAUUUAACUCAACUAAAUGCUUACCGAAACAUACAAACUAUCUCAUGGAAUACCUCCCAGAGCUAAUUAGCGAUCCUCGAGAACGAAAAUCUUGGACUAUAUACGAAUUCGUAGCUGCAACCCCGAUGAUAUCUACCGAGACCAUUGUGUUGCAAGCUGCACUUUCCCCGGAGCCAAUGGCCGAUCCUCCUGUAACACAGGAAUCCGAUUUCCAAAAGGCCCCUGCCCCUCAGGAUAUUGAUUCUUUCUUCGACGAUCCAUUCUCUCUACCGCCUAUCUUCCUUGUAGAAGACGCCCAAAACGGGCCGCUUGAGACUUCAUAUGGAGGAUUCUAA